UCGUCUCAAAGUUCCUCGCGUGCUCAUUCACUCCUCGUGUUCACACAGUUCUUGCAUUUAGUUUUUUUUUUGAGAUUUCCGAAUAAUUAGUUAAAUUAGUGUUUCAAAAUGGCAAAAAGUUUAAGAAGCAAGUGGAAGAGGAAGAUGAAGGCAGCAAAGCGAGAAAAGAAUGGGGUCAGGGAAAACGACCGUCUAAUUAAAAUGUUGACCGCCGCUGGCGAAUAUCCACAAAUUGCAGGUGAAAUUAAAAUGGAGGACGACAUUACAGAAGUGUCGACAAAAAUUCCUAUCGUUGAGGCCAGACGCAUCAUUCGCCCAAGAAAAAUCCGUCGUGGCGGUGACAAACGGAAGUCAAGGCGAGAUUUGGCUGAAGAAAAAACAGAUGACGACGAAGAGGAAGUGAUUGAUGACGACGAGGAAGAUAAAGGUGAAGGUGAAGACAUGGCCGUCGAUAAGCCGGAACAUGUCUUUAGCAAAAGGACUAUGCGUGAUCAAUUUGGAAAUUACCCCGCUUGGAUGAAUAAACGGAAAAUGAGAACACAACAAAAGAAAAAUAAAAGGAUAUCGAAACGCCGAGCAUUAUCAGUUUCAGGAAAGAAGAUUAAAAGAUAAAAAACAAGUUUGAUUUAAUUUGCAUUCUGUCAGAUUUAUUAAUUAAUUACGGAUAACUUGGAAAUUAUAUUUAGUAAACGUAAUAGUUUUUAACAAUUUCAAGAUAUAUCUGACCAUCUACCUUUAUAUUUAUUAAUAUUUGUGUUUCAAGCAAAUAACAAUCGCAGUAAUUA